CUCUCGAACAAAAACACCUGAAAAGAACUAAUGUCGACAGGUAAAUCACAAAUUGAAGUGGUUACAGCUAAUGGAUUUUCUACUUUCGAGAAAGGCAGUUCCUCUCGUACAUCUACGUAUGAGAAUCUUGUCCAAAAUUCUGAACUUUUUUGGGAUACGCUUCGAGAUUUUUUCAAAUCUUCUGGUCGAGAACUUCAGAUUCCUGUUGUGGAAGGAAAACGUCUCGAUCUGCAUCGGCUGUUCAUUGAGGUCACAUCUCGUGGUGGUCUUGAAGAGGUGAUCAACAAUCGCAGAUGCAAAGAAGUGAUUGAAGUAUUUAAGUUUAAGACAGCAGUAACAAAUGCAGCACAUGUUUUAAAGACUAAUUAUCGUAAAACGCUCCUUCAGUUUGAGCAUGCGUACUUCCAAGCUCCGCGCUCUACAUUUCAGGGCAAUGGCAUGGAAAUGAAACCUGGCGCCGUGGUUACUGGGAGGAUUGAUGAGAAGUUCGGAAGCGGUUACCUGGUAACCAUGAAGAUGGGCUCAAAAGAGUUCAAAGGAGUGAUAUUCCACACUUCUUCUCAAGAGGAUCCUACAACUCAUAGGAAUAAGAGAGCCAAGUCAUCUCAUGGACGACCUAAGUUCCCAAGAAGCAGUUAUAACUUCUUCUUUGCCGAGCAACACGUGAGGAUUAAAGCUGAGGGCGGUGGACGAAAGGGACCUUUCACCAAGGAAAUUGCGGAAAUGUGGAAGAAUCUCUCUGAAUCUGAUAAAAAGGUUUAUCAAGAGAUAUUUCUUAAGGAUAAGGAGAGGUACAAGAUGGAGUUGUCACAGGACAAAGCUUCAAAGUAUUCUUAUGCGGCAAAAAUUGUAGCUGCGACUGAUGCAGUGGAAACUGUAGCUGAGACCAAUGCAACAGAAACUGUAGCUGCCAUCAAUGCAGCGGAAACUGUAGCUGCGACCAAUGCUGCGGAAGCUGUUGCUGAGACCGAUGCUGCGGAAACUGUAGCUGAUACCGAUGCAGUGAAAGCUGUAGCUGAGACCGAUGCAGCGGAAGCUGUAGCUGAGACUGAUGCAGUGAAAGCUGUAGGUGAGACCGAUGCAGCGGAAGCUGUAGCUGAGACUGAUGCAAUGGAAAUUGUAGCUGAGACUGAUGCAGCGGAAACUAUAGCUGUAACUGAUGCAAUGGAAAUUGUAGCUGAGACCGAUGCAGCAAAAGCUGUAGCUGAGACCGAUGCACCGGAAACUGUAGCUGCGACUGAUGCAGCGGAAACUGUAGCUGUGACUGAUGCAAUGGAAAUUGUAGCUGCGACUGAUGCAGCUGCAAGUGCAAGUGCAUCGGAGACUGUGGAUGAGGCAAGUGAGUAGUGUUAAUUUCUCUAUUGUUGUCUUAUUUAUUUGUUGGAACUUUAUGAGAACUUCCGUCUUUAAUAAUAAGUUGUAGAACUGGCCGUA